AUGACUUGGUCACCCCCAAAAGAUUACACUUCCAGACCUAUCGUCGUCCUCGGCGGCGGUGUCUUGGGUCGCAGAAUCGCAGCUUGUUUUGCAAGCGUCGGAUGGCACGUCAUCAUCCGAGAUCCGUCCGGAAAGUCCAGGGCAGAUGCAAUUGCCUACAUCGACGCAAACAUCACUGACUAUCUAACCAUAUCCCAUGGAGAAAAGGGAUCAUGGGAGGCGACAGAAGACUUCGGUGCAGCUGUCAAGGACGCCUGGCUUGUCUUUGAGGCUGUGCCGGAGAUACUGAGCAUCAAGGAGGACACCUUCCUGGCCCUUGAGAAGCAAGCUCCGGCAGAUUGCAUCCUCGCUUCUAAUAGCUCGUCUUUUAUGUCAAGAGAGCUUCUGGGCAAGGUCAAGGAUUCCACCAAGACGCGUGUACUCAAUACGCAUUUCAUGAUGCCUCCCCAGCCUUUUGGAAGAGUGUCGCCAUGGUUAACCGAACGUCUACUAAUUGUCAAGGCCCUUAUCGUGGAACUCAUGACAUCUGGCAGCACCGCUAGUAACCUCUUCCCGUUCCUCUCACAAGAGAUGACCAAGUGCGGGCUCAAACCUUUCACUGCCAAGAAGGAGUCAUCAGGCUUCAUCUUCAACCGCAUUUGGGCAUCUAUCAAGCGCGAGGUACUUAUGGUCAUGGCUGAAGGAGUUGCUGACCCUCAGACCAUCGACCAAAUCUGGAUGGAUAUGUACCAGUCACCAACUGGUCCCUGCACUAUGAUGGGUUCUAACAUGGAUUUUGCAGACAGUGUUGGCCUCGAUACCGUUGAGCACAUCGAAGCGAACUAUGUUGAGAAACGUGGUUUACCCAAGACAACCUUGGAGUGGUUACAUGAGAAUUUUGUCGCCAAGGGAAAACUUGGCAAUAAAUCCGACCAUGGUGGACUAUAUCCUGUUCCCCCACCAGGCGAAAAGACGAAGCUCCUCGUCCUCAACUUCUACCAAGGUGCAAGCCCUGGGGAGCUGACAACUGAGACACUCCUUUCUAGUGGCCAGAUCCUAGAGUUCUCGGUUGAGAAUAAGAACGUUCGUCCAAACGCGCUGAUCUCUGGACAAGCUAUCCCAGACGGCAUCGACGUGUGCGACGAUAGGAUGUAUUGGACUUGCAUGGGCUACCCUCCUGCCAAUGAUGGGGCGGUCUACAGCGCCAAGCUAGACGGAAGCGAUAUUCGUACCGUUGUUCCUCGUGGUCACGUUCAUACUCCCAAGCAACUGCACAUCAGCCAGGAAAGCAAGAAGAUCUACUUCUGCGACCGCGAAGGGCUCCGCAUUCAUCGCUGCAACCUGGACGGAUCACAGCAUGAGAUUCUUGUCCAGACAGGAGAUUACGCUAAAGAGCCUGAAAAGGCUGCAGACCAGACCAACUGGCCUGUCGGUAUCACCGUAUCCGAAAAACUGGGCCAGAUCUUCUGGACUCAGAAAGGCCCUUCCAAGGGCAAUGGCGGCAAGAUCUUCUCUGCCAGUAUCGACAUGCCGGAAGGUAGUGACGCGUCGUCGCGCAAGGACAUUGAAGUAAUCGCCAAAGGCUUGCCGGAGCCCAUCGACCUUGAUUAUGACGAGGAUAACGGGGUGCUCUACUGGACUGACCGCGGCGAGAUACCAUUCGGUAACACGCUCAACAAGAAGACAAUAGUUGGACAGCCCCCGGCCGCUGAAGGCGAGCUAGGCAGAGAGAUCAUUGCUCAAGGGUUUGCAGAGGCAAUUGGCCUGCGACUGGACAAGAAGCGCGAUUGCAUUUAUGUUGCUGACAUGGCGGGAAGGCUGUGGCAGUGCGAGACUGUUCCUGGCCCUAAGAAGAAGGUUUUUGAAUCUGCUGGACACGCGUAUACUGGCCUUGUCAUAGUUCGGGACUGA